AUAAGAAACCCUGCAGCAACUCUUCCUUCUUUCCCAGGCGGCUGCCGAAGAUGGCGGAGGGGCAGGUCCUGGUACUGGAUGGCCGAGGCCACCUCCUGGGCCGCCUGGCGGCCAUUGUGGCCAAGCAGGUGCUGCUGGGCCGGAAGGUGGUGGUCGUGCGCUGUGAGGGCAUCAACAUUUCUGGCAAUUUCUACAGGAACAAGUUGAAGUACCUGGCCUUCCUCCGCAAGCGGAUGAACACCAACCCAUCUCGUGGCCCCUACCACUUCCGGGCCCCCAGCCGCAUCUUCUGGCGGACAGUGCGAGGCAUGCUGCCUCACAAGACCAAGCGAGGCCAGGCUGCCCUGGACCGGCUCAAGGUGUUUGAUGGGAUCCCGCCACCCUAUGACAAGAAAAAGCGGAUGGUGGUUCCUGCGGCUCUCAAGGUGGUACGGCUGAAGCCUACUCGGAAGUUUGCCUUCCUAGGGCGCCUGGCCCAUGAAGUCGGCUGGAAGUAUCAGGCAGUGACAGCCACGCUGGAGGAGAAGAGAAAGGAGAAGGCCAAGAUGCAUUACCGGAAAAAGAAACAGCUCAUGAGGCUACGGAAACAGGCCGAAAAGAACGUGGAGAAGAAAAUCAACAAGUUCACAGAGGUCCUCAAGACCCACGGCCUCCUGGUCUGAGCCCAAUAAAAUUGACUGUUAAUUCCUCAUGCGUGACCUGGCCUGCCCUUCCUCCAUCGCCGCCCCGGGGUGUGGGGGACCCCCAGGGCCGGCAGCCUGGGCCUUUGCUUGCUGGGAACAAGAAGGGGCCUUAGUCCCUGGUGUCCUUAAAGCCAGCUGCAGGCAGAACCUGCCCUCGCCUCCUUGUAGCAACCAGUUCAAUUUCAGUACUUGCAAAAUGGCCUUGAAAGUGUCUCCUGGUCUGGGCCAUAUAGCCUGUAGGGUGCCAACAUGGGGGGGGGGCUGUGUGCUGCACCCCGCUGGCCAGCCUGGAAACAGGUGCACCCUGAGCUUUCCCUGGGCUUUGUGAUGGGAGACGAAUAAAUUAUUUUGAA